ACAUUCAAAUGUGGAUUUCACUCGUGGCUAGACGUGUUCCUCCUCUUGUGGUUUGUGGUGGAAAAUCAAGAGUCACCAGUGCUAUAGAGAGACUCUUGUGAGCAAAGCUAAAAAUUUUCCCAUCGCCUGUUCAUUUUUCAACAAUCCCCGAGCCGAGGUGGUUUCUUAUACUUGGCGCUUAUUUUUUUUUUGCAAAAUCGCAACUUACCUCAAAGACUGUGUUUCUCGCGCGGGAAUUCUAUUUUCCCUUGUAACUGUUGUUUUAAUUUUUUUCACAUUUGUUACUUUGGUGUGCUAUUACCCACCUUUUGCGGGAAGAAUUGCAAGAAGUCGUAAUUUUCGCGAGAGAGUGCAAUUUUCAAGUGGCAAUCGCGAAUUACAAUAUCGAUUUACCAACCUAUAAAUUAUCCCAUACAAUUUGGACUUGGGAGAAUCAUACGCAAGAUUAUAAACACAAAAGUGAGGAUAUAAUAGUAUUCUUGAGUAGUUUUUUUUCUCUAUUAACCAACUGUGCACCGCAACAUUAUUGGAAUAUUAAACAUUUUUGCGGAAGUUCAACAAAAUCAAAAGUUCCUUUUAUGUGCAUCUACUGAAGGAUCGCGAGGAUCACGAGAUCUGCUCCUCUGCUGAUCGAAACAUCCCUCAAACAAAUUUGCUGCUGCCUUUCUGUAGCAUCGUUAAUAUGGAUGUCAGCAACAAAAUGUGCCGAACGAGGCGGAAACUUCUGCUCUAUGUUGGUAUUUUUUUCAUCAUCACCUUCGUGCCUUGUUAUGGGUCAAAGCUAACUCGACCAUCAGCCAGUCUGAUAGCGAGACGAGCGGGCGCCACACAGUAUGCUGAGCACCUUGAGAGCAGCUCCGAGGAGCGCAGGAGACAUGGGAUUAGCAAGCGUCUUGUAAAUAGCGACACGGGGGAGUAUGAGGUAUAUCAGGGUGUCUUGGGUAGGGCGGGAAUUGACUUCCCCGUACUACCAGGUAUCCCCAAAACUACAUUCAAUUGCAAAUCCGUGGGGAAUGGAUACUUUGCGGAUCUGGAUACUGAGUGCCAGGUUUUCCACAUUUGCGAUGAUGGUCGAAAGAUCUCGUUCCUCUGCCCCAAUGGCACAAUUUUUCGGCAGACGGACCUCAUCUGUGACUGGUGGUUCAAGGUGAACUGUGCCGCAUCACCAAGUCAAUACGCCGAAAGUGCAGAGACUCUUGCGAGAUCCCAGAACCGACGCUCAUCCGCACCGGCAAAGUUGCAGACACUCACUGAGACAGAGGUGCGCAAUGAUACCGAGCCUGAAUUGCCAAAGAGUGAGCUUCAGGUGACAAAAUUGCCAUCAGCUACAAGGAAGAGCUACAAGGAGUCACGCGUACGCACAGGACCUACAAAACUGAGAUCACGGCAGUAUUCGAGCUUUGAGUACAGCUCCCAACAGGAUGGAUCGAAUGAAAGCUACGACUUUGAGGACUUUAUUGUACCACGUAGAAGACCCAGCUAUAGAACCCGAGUGCCCGUUCGGUUGGUAUCUCAUCCGGACUUUGAUCAUAUUUAUAGGAUCAAUUACAGAGGACCUCCAUUGACCUUCCGCGUGGAUCCAGCUUCAAAGGAGAGUCAGGAAUUCGCAGAGAGUGCAUCAUUCUUGAAACAGAGGAACACAUUCAAUGGAUACACCUAUCAGCAACCCGACAAGAGGGUAAAGCUCAACAAUGGGGAUACCGAGACAACAACCAGCCCAGCUCCAAUGUCAACGGACACACCAAAUCCCACAGCCCUGCCACGCCGAGGAACAGCAGUGUACUCAACAAUAAAUAGUAUUCAGGAUGAAAUUAAAUACACCACCCAGGCACCCAUAGAUAGUCGCAAAGUCAACAAAUACACCACAGCACGAAGACUGGAGUCUUCCCGAACAACGCCAUAUUACACCCCAACAGUGCCAACAGUGUCUAGCCGUUCGCAAUUUGAACCCGCACGUCAGGUUUCAACAGUUUCCCCAGCACCGUCCUCCACGACAGCUGCAUCUCCUGUAUCCUUGGAAGAGAAUCCCAUCCAUGUGCCUGAGAUUGAGACUGAACGAGAACAUGCCAUGGAAAUGAUGAAGACACUGAAGGAAUUGGAAAUGGUUACAUCAUCACCAACUGCACCCACACCGGCUGAAGCAGAAAAGAGCAAUAUUGGUCAGAGGGUUGGUUUGCAAAUUCCUCCAUCUUCAGGCCCAGAUACCCUGCACUCUCUUGCCCUUUACUUUGCCACAGCUAUGGACAAUAUAGCAAGGAAUAGUACAACGGAAAGGAGUGUCUCCACAACAGAUGGGAUCACGGCAAGCCUGGAAGCUGCGACGGAAGCUAAGGGAAUAGUUGGGGCUCUUCUUCGCAAUGAAACCGUUAGCAAUUAUGAGAAAUUAUUCCAACCUCAAUCAGCGGAAGCGACAACACUUCCAGCUACAACAGAAGUCCCAGAAACAACAACACCAGACCUACUUUCCCGCAUAGCUUCGAUUCCUUUGACAGACAACAACGAUCUUGAGGGGCAGCACUCGAAAAAUCCAAUUAUAUCUGCAGCUGGUACUCAGCAAAUUCGUGAAUUGGCACAAGUCUUCACACACGCUCUGUCAGCAUACCUCCAUGAUCCGAUUAUGUUUAGAAAAGUUUUGUCUGAAAUCCGUCCAACUGAACCACCGCCACCACCACCAGAGACAAAUGAAGUUGUCUCAAGUCGCUUCGGACGCACGGAAGAUUUUGCAAAGCGCGACAAUCAGAUCAGUACGCAAGGCGUAACGUACCUGCCCACAACCCCAUCAACCACAACAACCACUGAAGAUCUUGAAGUACUUGAUUUCUCAGACGUAACAAUUUCCACAAAGAGAGACAUCACAAAUGAACCCCUAACUCCAGCUAGUGUCACAGCAACACCAUCAAAGGAGAAGAGUUCAACAUUUGAUCUGGUUAAGACUCCAGGAUCAGACUUGAUAUCGGAAAAUCUAGAACGAUCAGCUAGCAAGUACUACAAUAAUAAGAAUAACGAUGAAGACAAUGAAAUUCCCACAACAACGGAAAAUCAACUUGCUGCAGAGAUCAAUGGAGAACUCACAAUUUCCACAAUUUUCCCCUAUUUAUCGGGAGAUAGUCGUGAGAAUGAGGGAAAUUUCAGCCUGGAUGAAAAUAGCUAUUUCCCAAUGGAUUCCGGAGAAGUCAAAAGGAAUGUGAGCUCAUCAAAACCAUAUGGAUUUGAUGUAAUUGGACAGCUUCGUGUGGAAAAUCUUGUAACAUCAACAGCAGCACCAGUUCCGGCUAAUAGAUGGGGUUCUGACGUAACAACCGAUGCUCCCUAUUCAACGGUUAUUCCAGUGAGUCUCUCAUCUGACUUGACGCCACCUGAGAAAAAGGAGAAGUCCACGACAAAUGCCAAUAAGCCCAGCAUUUUGAUUCUUCCACCACCUAAACUAGAAGACGAAGAGAAUCUUCAACGGGCUCAAAGUCAAUCUCUCGUUGCAUCUGGAAAUCAAAUCCUUGCUGAUCGUAAAGGAAAGGCCUUCCCUUCAUCUACUGAAGCCCCUGUGUCGACAACGAUUGCCUUUGAGUCAACAACACCUGAACCAAGAUUUGAUUUUAGUCACACAAGUGGAGAAAGUCUAUCAACGACAUUUGCUCCCUUAUCUCAGGUAAAGGGACACUACAUUACAAAAGCUUUACCAGAAACAACCACAGUUAGCUCACCUGAGGCACCAACUACAACUGAUUUCCCAGAUGUUGGAAAAUUCAGUCCAAAUCCCUGGUCAACGCUAGCCUAUACGAUAUUCCUGGAUCCUCUGACGAUAAAUGAUGGUCUAAUGAAUUCAGGUGAAGAAGAAUCAACGUCAGGCAAUGCAAAAUUGAUUAAUGGGCUACCAAGAACAACAGUUCCCUACACAGGGGAACUUACAACGGAAGCUACAAGUACAAAGUUUGGUUUGCGCAACUCCUUUGAUGAUGAUCAGCAGCAAAAACCGCAAAAUGUGACGACUAAUGUGAAAGAUGCCAUGAAACGUCGUGCCAAUGAGAUGUUUGGAGGUCUCAAUGAGACAUCUGUUAACCAUUUGAUGAAUGUUAUGAAGAAGGCGGAUAGCAAUAAGACCGUGAGGCGCCUUAUUCUUCUCCUCAUACAAACUUGUGAUGAAGACUACACGAAAACCGUUGAGGAGUCGCGGAAGGCUCUCCUUGAUGCACUUAUUGGCAUGGAUCGCAAUGACAUUGAAGACAAUAUUCAAAUACUUAAUACAAAUCAACUUCGCGGACGUGGUAGCCGAAAGAUUCGGCUGCAGACGGCAAAUGGUCACAAUGUGAUUGUUGAUAGUAGUACGUCGUCAGUUCCUAUUACAACAUAUCGGAGAGUUGUGACUGCUGAAGCACCAUCAACGACAUCAACAACACAACCACCACCUACGACACCAACGGAGGCUGCAGAAACGACAACUCUACUCCCUGAGACGACAACAACACUGCCAAGGUUAAGGGAGCUAAGUGGACGCUUCCAAGCUGAUGAGGCCAUUUCUGCGGAGACGCUGAGCACUUUUGAUGACUUCGGUCGACGCACAACCCCACUUCAGUCAUACACAAGCACAACGCAACCACCUGAGGAGCCCACCACAAUCUUCCCCAUUUACUACCAUUCUAGCGAAACAACGACGCAACCACCGCCCGCGGAAACAGUCCCACCAUCCACAACCACAACUACAACCACCACAACAACCUCCCGACCACGUCCACCACGGAUUCACAUAUCAAAUGACGAAGCAACAAAGAGGGUUGGUAAAAGUCUCGAAAUGCUCCUUGGGCACCAUCCGGGUAACACAGUCCAGCAGAAGCGUUCUGAUGAGCGCGCCCUUGAACUCCUAAAGUCUCUGUACGCCCUCGCAGCCAAGUGGGGUCGACGGUAAACACGGGCAAUGUCUUCCGGACAUAUCCUUUUGUGAAUAAAUCCUCCUGCAAUGUGUGUAGGUGAAUGAGGUGCCAAGUGAUUUAAUUGCCUGUUACGUGUAUGCUGUUGGUGAGUUUAUUUUUUUCAGUGUGAAUGAGGAGGUUUCUUUCGAUUUAUUUAUAACGCAAUUCCUUCACUAUAUAUUACUCAAUCCAUGACCCUCCUCCUCCCAGCAAUCAUCCCCCAUGAUGCCAUUUCUAUUCAUUCUUCAUUUAUGAAUAUUACUUCCACAUUCCCUUUUAUUGGGCUUAAUCUACCCUCGCUUGCAUAACAUCCCCUUUCCCCCCAAGAAAUAUCCUGCUUCCUGGACAGUGUAUUCUGCUUUCGGUGCUGGAAAAACGCUUCUCUUAUUUUUUUUGUUUAACACCCAUUCCAUUCAUUUAUCCAACUUUCGAUUUAAGAAUGAUAAAAUAAUGAACAAGAAAAAAUUGUCCUAAAUUUAGCAAAUUAAGACGAAGAAAGAUAACUGAUACGAAUGUAGAAUUUAUUAUUUGAGAUAUUUUCUUGUUAACGAUGGCAUAUUCCGUAUAUAAGAAAUUUUCCACAAUAUGCCCUUUUGCUUGUGGUUUGCGUGAAUGUAAAAAAAAAAAUGGGUGAGUCUUUAUAUUUUUCUGGAGUCUGAAUCAAUUUAUGAAAGAAAGAAAAACUUUAAAUAAAAAAGCGAACUAUCGCAGAAACUUAGCGCAAGAUAUGAGAUUUUAACUUCAAUUUAUUAAUGAAAAAAUUAGUUUUCUUGUCCUAGUACAUUUUUAAAAUAAACUUUAAGGAAUAUUAAAAAAUGAAGAAAACAAAAAAGCGCGGAAAAAUAUUUUUAAAAAGUAAUUAUUUUAUGUAUAAAAAAUAAUCAAUUACAAAUUUGUGUAUAUAAAAUAUGAGAAAAAAAUUAUAUUAAUGAUUCCUUUUAUUGAUGAAAAA